UGUGGGUGCUAAAAACAUUGUCCAAAUUUCUUAGUGGGAAGGAAUUGUUCGUCAUUUUGGUAACUAUACUUACUAUAUACUGUCUUACCCAGAGACAGAAGAUUUAACUGCGAUACCACUCUCAUGUCUGUACGGGAAGUAAAAGUACACCAGUUUUUUUCGAUACAGUUACCAAACGACAGCUUUUCUUUUGUUUUUUUUCUUAGAUGUGACUCUAAAAUUGAAAGACUGUAGGUGUUUGUAAGUGCAGUAACACUGUGGAGGAUGAAAAUAGAUCAGACAUUUGUUCUAACCUCUUAGUUUUACAGGUCUUCAUUUUCUGGCACAACCGUUUGUUGUUGGAUGUAGAAAUAAAUUGUCUCAGUUUGUCAAGCACUGGGAUAAUUCAUUUCUUAAUUACUAAAUUGAACCACAGUUGAUAAAUAAAUGCAUUUUGCAUUAUGUACAGCUUGUGGCCUUUGCGUGUGAGCCAGUUCUCAUUGUAAACAUCAGACCGCUCUGAGUCUCAGCCCAUCUAUCUCUGUCUGACUGUGUGUGUGUGUGUGUGUGUGUGUGUGUCAUCUGCACUUCUAUGGGAUUAGUGGGCACAUGACAACACUGGGCUGGCCGCCUAGUGAGCCGCCUUUCAUUUGGCUUCACUGUGCGGAGGCGGUCUGUGCUCUGUCCAACAGUUUUACUGAGAGCGGGAGAUUUCCAAACUUCAUUUCUUUGGAUCUGUAAAUGAAGUCUUAACUGGACCAGACUGGGAGCUGGCUUGCGAUGGCGCAGGACGUUACCAGUUUAAGUGGAGAGGAUUACUUUGAGGGGGAAUCACCCUGUUGUUCAGACACGGACGCUUUGAGUCCGGGACACAAAGACUAUGAUGACAUUUUGGAGCUUAAUCAGUUUGAUGGACUGCCUUAUUCCUCCAGGUUUUACAAAUUGCUGAGAGAAAGGAAAGAGCUGCCAGUGUGGAGAGCAAAGUGUGAAUUCAUGGACACUUUGGCCAAAGGACGGUUUGUCAUUGUCAGUGGCUCUGCCAAAACUGGGAGAAGUUCUCAAAUUCCCCAGUGGUGUGCUGAGUUCUGCCUGUCAGUCCAGUUCCAGCACGGCAUGGUGGUUUGUACCCAGAUUCACGCUCAGCAGGCAGUAGAUCUCGCCUUGAGAGUGGCUGAUGAGAUGGACGUCAACAUCGGUCAUGAAGUCGGGUACAGCAUCCCUUUGGAAACAUGUUCCACUAAUGACACAGUCCUCAGGUACUGCACUGAUGACAUGCUCCUGAGAGAGAUGAUGUCAGACCCUUUGCUCGAGCGCUACGGCGUGGUAGUCGUGGACCAGGCCCACCAGAGGACCGUAGCCACCGACGUGCUCCGGGGUCUGCUGAAGGACAUCGCCCUGCAGAGACCGGAGCUCCGCGUGGUCCUCCUCACGGCGGUCGAACCCGGCCCAAAGCCGCUGGCCCAUUUCACCGGGUCGCCGGCGUUGCCUCUGAUUCUCCUGGAGAGCCCGGGCGCAAGGGAGGUGGUGCACAGCAGCACAGGUGACAGCUACUUCUGCUCUGCUCUCCGUCUGGUGCUGGAGAUCCACCACUCUGAAGAGGAGGGAGAUGUGGUCGUGUUUCUGGUGACGACGCAGGAGAUAGAUCUAGCCCAUGACAUCCUGUGUCAUGAGGGGCACAGUUUACACCCUGAUCUGGGUGAGCUCCUGCCCGUUGCUGUGCACCCUGGCCAGCCUGGGAAUCUACCAAUCCUGGGGGAGGAGGAGACUGGCCGGACCCGCAGAGUGUUCCUCACAUCCAGCCCAAACGAGGACUUCUUCUGGGCUGUCAGCUCAAUAAGAUUUGUCAUCGAUGCUGGGCUUGAGAAAAGAUAUGUUUACAACCCCAGGAUCAGGACAAACUCGGUCAUCGUUCAGCCAAUCAGCGCGGGUCAAGCCAAGAGUCGCAAGCAGCUGGCAGCUCCAACCGGCAAGUGUUUCUGUCUGUACCCAGAGGACAGGCAGCUUCCUGUUGAGGUACCCCCACAUGUUGUGGAGUCUGACAUCACGUCCACUGUGCUCUUCUUGAAGAGGAUGGAGAUUGCUGGACUGGGCCACUGUGACUUCAUCGACAGGCCAGAUCCUGAAGGCCUAAUGCAGGCUUUGGAGGAGCUGGACUACCUCGCAGCUCUGGAUAAUGAUGGCAACCUGUCUGAGAUGGGCAUCAUCAUGUCCGAGCUCCCCUUGGAGCCCCAAAUGGCCAAGACUCUGCUCGCCUCCUGCGAGUUUGACUGUGUCAGCGAGGUGGUCGUCAUCGCCGCCAUGCUAACAGCACCAACUUGCUUCACGGUUCCCUCUGUGGACCUGAAGCCAGAGGCGACCCAGUGCCACAUGAAGUUCCAGCACCCGGAGGGAGAUCACUUCACCCUCGUCAAUAUCUACAAGGCCUUUAAACAGUUCCAGCAGGAUCCAUGCUGUGAUGUGGAGAAGUGGUGUAGGGAUUUCUAUCUGAACCACGCCGCUCUGCUGAUGGCUGACGCUCUUCGUACUGAGCUCACCGACACUCUGAAGAGGAUCGAGCUGCCCGUCUCGAUGCCCGCCUUUGGUUCCCAAAGCAACACUGUCAACAUUAAGAGAGCCCUGCUGGCAGGUUUCUUCAUGCAGGUGGCGCGGGAUGUGGAUGGAUCAGGGAACUACUUCAUUCUGACCCAUAAACACGUGGCACAGAUCCAUCCUCUGUCUGGCUACGGAGCCAAGAGCCCUAAGCUGGGCCUGCCUGAGUGGGUGCUGUUCCACGAGCAUUCCUUCUCUGAGGACAACUGCCUCCGCACCGUGACCCACAUAACACCGGAGGAGUUCAUUCAGAUGGCACCACUGUAUUUUUUCUACAAUCUACCGCCUAGCGAGAGCAAAGACAUCCUCCAAAACAUUUUGACCCAUGGAGCUUCACAGUACAGAGAGGAGAACCCUCCAACCUCCCAGGAGGAACCUCAGGAGGAACAGACUUCUGACCGCUGUGUCAUACAAUGACUGACUGACCCACUGUUCCCAGUGAUGGUGAUGAAAUAACCAGUAUUGCACUAUAUUGCACAGAAACACAUUGUCAAUUAGUAUAAUUGAUCUUGUAAUUUGUUUUGUAGGAGUCAUUUCCUUUCAUCUGUGCCCCUCAUCUUUGUCAUCUUGUUGUUUAUCUUUAAUAGUUUUACAAAGUGCACUAAUAUAUGAAAUGGAAACAAUAAUUGUUGUUUUAUCUGGAUUUUUUCUGUGCCCUAUUAUUUAUAUUUGUGCUUAAUCCUCCAAUUCAACAGAAAAAUAUGGUAACUAAAUUGUUCUGGAUAAUUUUCUCGUACUUUAAAAAAAGUCUGAUUUUAUAAACUACUCAUUUAUAAUUUAGAUUCCCGCUGAGAUUUUAAUUGAUUCUGUGGCUCCUUUUCACAUCUUACCUUCAGUCACUGUCCAACAGUCAGUCACCCACAGCACUGAGGGUCCAGCCUGAUUAAUGAGGUGUAGGGACAGUUUGGGCCCUCCUGCAGCUCCAUAUGGUGCGGAUACAGUCCAGUAACGGUGGGGUGACCCAGUUCACCGACGCCGCAUUGAAAGCAUCAUGUCCCCUCUUCAGUGACCCGGGCUGAACGGUGCAGCGAGGACCAGAACCCACAGGGGUACGGUGUCGCCUGACCCACUUAAAAUCUUUCACAAACUGUCUUUUGAAGGCAAAUCAGCUGCACAUAAUAUGUUUAAAGAUCGUUUAGUAGAUGUUUAAAUGUCACUAUAAAUGAGCUGAAAUAAUAGUCCAGUAUGUUAGAUCAUAAUGUAUAUGAGUUAUCCAAAGAUAUCAUUAACUAAACUAGAAGUUAC